GUACUUGUUUAGUGUUGCUGACGAGACGCUGAUUUUUAUGGCCACUUUCCUCGUGGAUUAAGCCACACUCGUUGAAAAUACCUAACUCUCAGUCUACAGAAACAUGUCUAAACUAAAGUCGUUUCGUGUAUUUUUAAAUGAGCGUUUAACGGUGGCUGCUGUGGAGAUUUUCGGGGCAGCUGAGAAAACGGUAGUGGAGUACCAGGAGGAGAAUGAUCGUCUACGGAGACUGCUGCGGAUCACACCGGAGAUAAAACUAUAUAGAAUAGACUUGCAGCUCUCUCUUUCUGUAUCUGAAGAGGGGGUUCCCUCUGAGCAGCAGCACUGUGAGCAGGAGUGGAGCCCCAGUCAGGGGCAGCAGGAUCCAGAGCCCACGCAGAUUAAAGAGGAACAGGAGGAACUCAGGACCAGUCAGGAGGAAGAGCAGCUUCAAGGGCUCUUUGAUACGAAAGAUUCCAUAUUCACUCCUUAUGUGAAAAGUGAACUUGAUCAGGAAGACCCACUUCACAAAGCCAAACUAGCUGAAUACCCAACUCUCAGUCGACUGAAAAUGUCUAAACUAGAGUCGUUUCGUGUGUUUUUAAAUGAGCGUUUAAAGGCAUCUGCUGCUGUGGAGAUUUUCAGGGCAUUUGAGAAAAUGAUAGCGGAGUACCUGGAGGAGAAUGAUCGCCUACGGAGACUGCUGCGAAUCACACCGGAGAUAAAACUAUGUAGAAUAGACUCCCUGCAGCUCUCUCUUGCUGUUUCUGAAGAGGAGGUUCCCUCUGAGCAGCAGCGCUGUGAGCAGGAGUGGAUCCCCAGUCUGCAGCAGGAGGACCCAGGGCCCACACAGAUUAAAGAGGAACAGGAGGAACUGGGGACCAAUCAGGAGAAAGAGCAGCUCUUUGAUGCCGAAGACUCCAUAUUCCCUCCUCCCUGUGUGAAAAGUGAAUGUGAUGAGGAGGAUCCACUUCAGUGCUGGACUCUUCCCCAAACCCAGACUGUGGCGAAUAGAGAGAGUGACACUAAAUCAGUGGAUCUCACACCUUUUGUAACAGUGACUCACAUAAAGGAUUUCAAAAUUCCCUGUGACCCUCCAGAUUAUCAAAACAAUGGCUCCAGCCACAGCUCAGCCGAAAACUGCGACCCAGUAGGACUUGACAGCAGCCCACAAUUGCAUCCUAGCCCACUAUUGGAUCCAAACCUAUCAAUGGGGGAACAUUAUUCCAAACUUAGCAACAUGUCUAAAAAAAAACACCGCUGCCAUGACUGUGGUAAAAAGUUUGCUCUGAAACCUGACUUGCAGAAUCAUUUGACUUUCGCCAAGAAGAGACUCAGCGAAUGUCAGUUUUGCAAAAAACGCUACAACUCCACUUGUGAACUGAAGACCCAUGUCCGACUCUGUCAAGGUAGCAAACCCUGCACCUGCCCUGUUUGUGGCAAGACCUUCAAAGAAACAACAUUUCUGUCCAGGCACAUGAGGAGUCACACGGGAGAGAAACCAUUUAGCUGUGUUGACUGCGGUAAAAGCGUCAGUCUCAAGCAACUCACAAAUGUGGAAAUUCUGGACAUUUUUGUCAAUUCUGACAAUGAGUCUGAGUAUGAAACAGAGGAAUCAGAUUCUGACAGUGACUGUAAGGAGCUGCCGCCAAACCUCAUGGGCAUUGAGAAUCCUGAAUCUGAGGACCCCUUGACCAUCGACAAAGUCCCAGGUCCCUCUGAAGAUGCUGGUGGUGAUGGAGGCAGACCAACAGUGGGUGAAGUACUGGAGGUCUGUGGUAGCUGGAAGGCCACCAGCCAUUUCACCCCUCCUGGCCUUGCUGUUGGCUUUGAUGAGUCCCAGUCUGGAGUAAAAAGCCCCUUGCCAACUCCCUCUGCAGCAGAGUGCUUCAAGCUGUUUCUGACAGAGAAGCUGGUGGGAGACAUAGUGGAGGAGACUAAUCGCUAUGCCUUGGAGUUACAGGAGAAGAGAGAGCCAGGAGUGAGGGGGAAACUCGCUAAAUGGGUGACAACCACAAUUAGUGAAAUGUAUACCUUCCUAGUGACAGUCCUUCUCAUGGGAAUAGUGAAGAAGAACUCUCUAAGGGAAUACUGGAGCACGGAUCCUAUGUUUGCAACUCCCUUCUUUGCCACUCUCUUUUCCCAAGAUCGCUUCCUAGUCCUGCUGCGAUGCCUGCAUUUCGUCAACAAUGCUACUGCCAACCUAAAUGACCCCUUACACAAAAUAAGAACUGUUCUUACCAGCCUGACAUCAGCAUUCAGUCAGGUCUUUAUGCCAUACAAGGACUUAUGCAUUGACGAGUACUUGAUGUUAUGGAAGGGUAGGCUGGCAUUCCGUCAAUACAUUCCCUCCAAAAGGCACAGGUUUGGGGUCAAGUUCUUUUUUUUGUGCGAUGUGAAGACAGGAUUUGUCCAGGACAUUCUAGUUUACACAGGGUCCACCACUGACGUCCAACAUUAUGAGGGGCUUGGGGUGUCCGGGUCCGUGGUGAUGACCAUGCUGGCUCCUCAUCUCGGGAGGGGCCACACUUUGUAUGUGGACAAUUGGUACAGCAGUCCAACACUCUUCCAGCAUCUGUUCUCCAACAGCACAGGGGCUUGUGGCACAGUCCAAUCAAACAGGAAGGGGAUGCCGUCAUUUGGAAGCAGGAAGAUGCAGAGGGGGGAGGUGGAGUUCAAGGAGAACGGUCAACAGCUGGCAGUAAAGUGGCAUGACAAACGAGACGUCCAUGUCCUCUCCACUGUCCAUACAGCAACCAUGUCACCCACAGGGAAGGUUGACCACCUGACGGGAGAGAGAAACAUCAAACCAGACUGUGUGCUUGACUAUAACUGCAAAAUGGGGGCAGUGAAUAAGGCAUACAUGAUAAACCGCUUUGUGGCAUGCGCCUGGAAAACCACCAAGUGGUAUAAGAAGAUAUUUUUCCAUCUGAUCGACACUGCUGUCCUCAAUGGCCACAUAGUUCACCGCCAGCUAUCAGGUGAGGUGAUUACCUACCAAAAGUACAGAGAGAACCUCAUGAGAGAGCUGCUGGAGGAGCACCACACCCCUCGGCGUCCACCCACUGGGGGCCGUCCUGCUGCAGACAAUCCCUUACGCCUCAAUGCCCGGCAUUUUCCCUCAAAAGUACCUCAAACUGCUGCACAAGGUAGUCGCACACGGAGGCACUGCAAAGUCUGCCUUUCCAGCACCAGGAGGAGGAAGCAGAGGAAGUUGACAAAGUACAUGUGUGUACCUUGUGACAUACCCCUGUGUGUUGCGCCAUGCUUUGGGGAGUACCAUACGCUCAAGCACUAUUGAGCACAUCUGCAGCAAUUACUGACUGACUGAAUUGAAAGGUGACCUGCCAUGAUACAAUGACUUUAGGGGUGUUGGGAUGCAGUUUUUGUUCAACCGCUACGUGAAUAUUGAAUUAUGGGCUAGGCAUGUUUGUAAUGAAAUGACAGUUGUCAUUGUCUUUUCUUUCAUUUUUUCCCUCCAGUAAAACUGUAAAGAAGUGAAUGUUCAAAGAAUGUGUUGUUAGAAUACAAAAGCUAGCCUCACUCUUCAUGAACAAAGAUGUCAGCAACUCCACUUCCAGUGAUGUUGGCAAAUUAUGUUCAAUAUUGUUUGUUUCUGAAAGUAAAGAAUAUAGAUGAAUGAUUAGUAAUUACAGUAGAAUAUCAGGAAUUAGCAUUAAAACAACAUUACAAUGAAGUAACAUUACACUGCUAUAAGAAUAAUAAAUUGCAUUUACAACAUGACAUGUAUAAAUGCACCAGUAACUGAAUAGCUCCACAAGGGGGCAGGGCAGAGCUAUGUUUAACUGGCCAAAUAAAUACACAGGCCUGGUCAUGAGGGCAUCUUCAAAAGGAUACAACACAAGCUUAUACUUCUCUGACGUGAUUAGCAGUUUUUUACAGAACUAAUGGAAGAAUGUACAUAAGCACAAUUGAGUAUAACACCAUAAAGGUUAUGCAAUUAGUACCUCGCAUGUCGGCAGUUCUAAAGGAAUAGACAGAAUACAUAUUGCUCCAUACAUGCAUAUCAUGUGCUACAGUUGAAAUGAGUUAAAACGAUAAUACAGAACCUGUAUUAUGCUAAGGUAAACGCACAUGUGUACAAAGUAAUUAUUAUUAAGGAAAACAACAUUGAAGGCAAUGCGGUUUGGGAAAGUUUUGUUCUGACUGGAGAUGCACAAAAGUCUGCAUACUUGACCUGGGGAAACCCUGGGGGACUGCUUGGGCUCUCAUCCAAGAGAGAAGUUGCCUGGCUCAUUUAAACAUUAGCAUAGCAUGUCUCAAAUGUAAAUUGCCCACGACAGUGAAAUGGGCUAGCAACUUCUGUGUAUUAAUGAGGCGGAAUGCACCUAAUUUCAGAGUGACAUUUGAAGAUAAUUUGAAAUUGAAACAGCCUAUAGAUCAUUAGCACACAGCGUGCUGUGCUUUGAAGGCAGCAGGGGUUAACUGUCCUGUUGUGUAACAGUCACAUUUUGGUACAGAGAGCGCAUUCUGACAUCACAAGCAUAAAAACUGACAUUUGGAACUCUCGUGUGAAAAGGUCAAACAUUUAUACUUUCCGGAAAAUAUAUCCUUCUGUCCAAGAGUAUUUUUCGUCCAUUUUGACCCUAUGGUACUCAUUCAUGAUAUUGUUUGAAAUUGAACCUUUUGGGAAGUAAUUAUAUACAGUGGAGUCCAAACUGUUUAAAGAGAUAUUCCAGAGGCUUGAAAACAACCUCGUUAUUUUUUCGUUAUUUUUUUCAACCUCCCGUUUUGGACUUGACGUGUCAAUGUAUGGCUCAUACAUGCAUAAUAUACAAUCUACCUGACAUUUAGUGCUUGUACCUGUCAUGUAGUGAAUGUGUGCGCUCUGAAGUCGCAGGGCUGCAUGGGUUUACCAUUAGAUAUCUAACCCUUUUCUGUUUACUACAUGAUUCCAUAUGUGUUAUUUCAUAGUUUUUAUGUCUUCACUAUUAUUUUACAAUGUAGAAAAUAGUACAAAUAAAGAAAA